AUGCGUUUGGCUAUUUUUUCAUCUUUGAUUCUGGCCUCGACAGGUCUAGUAUCCGCUAGUUCUUGUCGCUGCCGUCCCGAGGAAUCUUGCUGGCCAGCUGAAAGGGAAUGGGAGAGCUUGAAUCGAACAACACAAGGUCGCUUGCAUACUCUGAGGCCGGUUGGAGCUGUUUGUCAUGGCUCCGCAUACAACUAUAAGGCAUGCAAUGUCACAAAAGAGUACGAAAGCAGUUCCAUCUGGAGGGCCGAUCACCCAGCUGCCGUGCAAUACUCGAACUGGGAAAUGUGGCCAGAACAGAACCAGUCAUGCUACAUUGACGCUAAGAGAUCAAUUCCAUGCGGGCAGGGACGAGUGUCUUUAUACACUAUUGAAGCCGAGUCCCCCCACGAUAUCCAAGCCGGCGUAACCUUCGCUCGAACACAUAAUCUGCGGCUUGCUAUUCGCAACACAGGCCACAGUUAUCAAGGUCGAUCCACUGCCCCGGAGUCACUGCAGAUCAACACCCAUCUUAUGAAGAACAAGACUUUGCACAAGAACUUUAAACCCGCUGGCUACAAUGGCAAGGGUAAGAUUGAGCCUCUUGCAGUGACGCUCGAUGCUGGGGUGCAGCUGUUUGAUAUGUACACAUUCUGCGGUGAGAACGGUGUUAUGGCUGUCGGCGGAUCGUCCCAUGGUGUCGGUGCCGCUGGAGGAUACAUCCAAGGAGGUGGGCACUCAAUGUUCGCCGGUGUUGCUGGGAUGGCCUCUGAUAACGCCCUGGAAUUCCACGUCGUCGUUGCCGAUGGCCGACAUGUAAUUGCAAAUGAAUACCAGAACUCCGAUCUAUUCUGGGCUCUCCGUGGUGGAGGCGGUGGUACAUGGGGUGUCGUCACUUCGGUAACAGUGCGAGCAUUCCCUGACCCUCCCAUUGUCGGGUUCACCUUCAGCGGCGGCGGUGCUUUUGGCUCGGACUCCUAUUGGGACGCAGUAGAGUAUCUUAACUCGUUCCUUCCUGAGUUCAACGAAGCUGGUGGUGCAAUGUACUACUACUUAGUUCCGGAUUACACUGUAUCUGGCGAGCAAGUAUCAAUGUUCUACGCUGAGGGCGGUUUCGCAAACCACUCAGAUGUGGCGAAAGUGAACAAACUGAUGAAACCAUUCAUCAAGAAGCUUGGUGAAAUCACUGGUUCCCCAUUCAACUAUACCGCGACUUUGACACCGAAGGCGACCUCCCUAUUUACCACGAAUUUCAAAGGCCCCGACGGAGGUGGUAUCCCCGUCAUUCUUGGCUCGCGUCUCAUAACAAGAGAUCUAUUGAAAUCAGCCGAUGGACCAAAGCAGGUCACAGAUGCCGUGCGCAGCUUGAAGACAAUUCCCGGAAACACAUCUAUUGGUUACGAAGGAAUUCAAGGUCUUGUGACAGUUGGACCACAGGUAUGGGCCAACUCUGACCUUGACAGUGCGUUGCAUCCUAUUUGGCGCGAGACACAAUUGCAUCUCAUCAUCGCGCGCGGUUGGGAUGUUGAUACGCCAUUUGAAGAGCAACAGAUAAUUCAAAAUAACUUAACUCAGGUUGAAGUUCCUAUUUUGAAGAAGCUGGACCCUGCACCUAAAGGUGGGGCAUACCUAAACGAGGCUGAUGCGUACGAUGAAGAUUGGAAGAGCACUUUCUGGGGGCCUAACUAUCCGCGUCUUCGUCAGAUCAAGCAGAAAUGGGACCCGGAAGGUCUGUUUAUUGUGCGGACUGGUGUUGGUAGCGAGGACUGGGAUAACGAGGGCUUGUGCCGGAAGUAA